UUCUUUGCUGCUUGUGAAAUUAAUUUGUGGCAAUGGCAACCAACGGCACCGCCGGCAACGGCGGCGGCGGCCGCCAUCAUCGGGCGGAGCACCGGGGUGUCCCGACUUUAUCUCUACUCGUAAUUCUAGUGCCGAUAGUGGUCCUAGUGAUGCUUCUAGUAGUCAUUUUGCUGGUGGUUGUGAUCCGCCACGUGCAUUUUGGUGGCGGCACGAGUAAAGGCUCGUGCUCUACAACCGAUCGGAAUUGUAUGUUCGUCGCGCAUUCUACCAUAAACUUUAAUUCGUGCAGCCCAGAGGUACAAGGAGGAUGCUUACACGGAAGUAAUAUCAGAGGAGGUCCGACCCGACCCACAUUAAAAGGAAUCCGAUUCCAAAUGCAAGUAUUUACACUAAAAGAAAUGGAAAUUGCAACAAGUGAAUUUAGCCAAGCAAAUUUGAUCGGAGAAGGAGUCUACAGAGGAGUUCUCAGAGACAACACUUUAGUAGCCAUUAAGACCUCGCAACGACAAGGCAAGCAGGGCGAACGCGCCUUUCGUUCCGAGGUAGAUUUAUUGAGCCGGCUGAGGUCGCCGUACAUAGCGGAGCUUUUGGGCUAUUGUGCCGACCAACAUUAUAGGCUUUUGGUGUACGAGUACAUGCCCAACGGGUGUCUCCACCGGUACCUCCAUCCCGGCCAACAUCGUCGGCCGAGAGCGGGGCUAAGUUGGGGCAGUCGUUUAUGCAUCGCCCUCGAUUGUGCCCGUGGUUUGGAGUUUCUCCAUGAGCAUACGGUGCCGUCUGUUAUUCAUCGUAAUUUGAAGUGUGCUAAUGUUCUUCUCGACAACAACUUUCGGGCUAAGCUCGGAGGGUUUGGCCUUGCCAAAGUCGGCUCCGAUAAGCUUAACGGUCUCAUCUCCACUCGUGUGUUAGGGACUACCGAAUACAUGGCGCCCGAGUAUGCAUCGACCGGGAAAUUGACGACGAAGUCGGAUGUGUAUAGUUACGGCGUGAUAUUGUUGGAGCUUCUUACCGGACGCAUACCCAUCGACAUGAGUAGACCCGCCGGCGAGCACGUGCUCGUUUAUUGGGCGCUUCCGCAACUGACGAACAGAGAAAAAGUAGUGGAAAUGGUGGAUCCAUCUCUGCACGGCCAUUAUUCCCAAAAAGACCUAAUUCAGGUGGCGGCGAUCGCGGCGAUGUGUGUGCAGACGGAGGCGGAGUACCGUCCAUUGAUGACGGACGUCGUGCAGUCUUUGAUACCUCUGGUGAAGAAUCUGCACUCUUCCUCCAAUUCCCUCAGGUUCAAUCAGAGUCCAAGUCCCAAGACCAACACUAGUAGGUAAAUGUAUUAGGAUGUGUUUAUUUCUGUCUAAUUUUUUUUAAAAUACAUUAUUUUAUUUUAAUUUAAUUAAGUAAUGUUAUAUUUUAAGAUAAAAAUGUCAUUUUAUAAAAAUAUUAAAUAAAAAUCAUUAUUUAAAAACA